GUGUUGCCUUACAGGAAGUAAAAUAAACAGAACAGUGUUGAGAAAGCUCCAACAGGUAUUGGCAACAUGCUUCUCCUCUUCUCUGGCUUGUGCCUGUGCUCAAUUGUCAGUUGCCAAAGGUAUACGUCUGUGCCUGGCUCUCCCUAUAACAUCAGCACGGAUAACAAGGGGGUCCUAAAGGCGGUCCUUCACGGGGCCUACUCAUUUAACAACCAGACCAAUGAUGCUUUUCUCUUCAAGCCAUCUGCAAUCGAGAAAGCAGAAAGACAGCUUGUAAAGGGGUUCAAAUACAUUCUGGAAGUAGACCUCUCACGGACUGUGUGCCGCAAAAAGGGGCACAAAGACGCAGACCUGGCCAACUGCAAGUUCCAACCAGAUGGUUUGUUACAGCAGACAUUCCACUGUGACUUUGAGGUUUGGACUAUGCCUUGGCUCCACUUCAUGAAGACUAUCUAUUUUGUUUGCAGUCCAUCUGACCGACCUUCCACUUCUUCAUGAAACCCAAUCCUUCCUCAUUUCAAUAUUCUGAGGAAAUCACUAAGCCGUUUCCUUCUUAACAUGGUCAUAUAACUGAGUAUAUUAAAAUAGUUCACUAUUUUACAACUUGAUGUUAGAUGGUUCCUCACCCUGAAAGUAGUCUACGGGCCAGGAGAAACUGUCAUCCAUGGAUCAGUUUUCUUUAAACAGCCACUACGAACUUCAGAUAAGUUUAUCCACUACAAGAUAUUAACCAAUGGAAGUGAUGGGGUCAUGUGAGCAUGUUUUUUUGUUGUUGAAAUGGCCAAAUCACCUUUAAGUAACAUCAGAACAAAUGUGGAGUUGAUUUGAAUUUGGACAUUAAAAAACUUCCAUCAUUUUCAUUGAUUGUUAGCUUGGGGUUGGUUAAGGUUAGCUGAAGUUUGUAGUGGCUGUUUAAAGAAAAUGGAACCAUGGAUUACAGUUUAUCUUGGCCCAUAGACUACUUUCUGGGUGAGGAACCAUCUAACAUCAAGUUGUAAAAUAGUGAACUACUCCUUUAACGUAUAGUCAAACAAUGGCAAUUUCCAUGUCUUGAGUAGCAAUAUGAUUUUCAGGCCUUUCAAGUCUAACUUACACAGCUACAACAACCGAAAGGCACCUAACCUUGUAUUUUAUCCUAUAAUAAAAUGGUAAACUGC